UAAAGCACAUAAAUGAAAUGUGGUGAUUUUUAAAAAAAAUGACACAUCAUACAUUUGAUCAAUCGGUCUAUUGUUUUGUUCAUUGUUAUAUAUAUUUAUUAACCUGAAGCUGUUUUUUUUUAUUACCAGUUUAAACACGUGAUGAUUACAGUGUCACCUCACACGUGUAACAGUAUAAGGCUGUGGUUUUAUCCAGAGACGUAUUUAUUCACUCCUGUAGUGUUGGUAGUUUAAACGCCUACUACUGAGUGAAAAAGUUGCGUUCCCUUCCUCCCCCUGUCGGAGCGUCCUGUCACUGGAGUAAAAUGGCUGCUCGGAGCAGCCCCACACAGCUCGGAGAAAAGUGAGAAAAGGAGAGUGCGAUCACCACCACGGCCCACGUCUGGAGCUUUUCUAACAGGCCGAGGGACGACGCGGUGAAGCGCAGACAUCGAGGAUGUCUCGCUGGGUGCCCACCAAGAAGGAAAAGUACGGUGUUGCGAUCUAUAACUACGAUGCCCGGGGAGAGGAGGAGCUGUCACUGCAGAUCGGAGACACAGUGCACAUACUGGAGACGUAUGAAGAUUGGUACAGAGGCCAUAGGCUACGAAGAAAAUCCAAGAAGGGCAUAUUUCCAGCAUGUUAUAUUCACCUGAAAGAGGCCACAAUCGAAGGCAGUGGGCAAAAGGAGACCAUCAUCCCAACUGAGCUGCCCCUGGUCCAGGAGGUCACCACCACGCUGAGGGAAUGGGCCACUAUAUGGAGGGACCUCUACGUGAGGGACAAGCGGGAGAUGUUCAACUCUGUCCGUGACAUGAUUUACGACCUCAUCGAAUGGCGCUCCCAAAUCCUGUCCGGCACCCUCCCACAGGACGAGCUCACAGAGCUCAAACAGAAAGUCACCUCCAAGAUAGACUACGGCAACAAGUACCUGGACCUUGAUUUGGUGGUCAGGGACAAUGAUGGAAACAUUCUGGACCCUGAGCUCAGCAGCACCAUCAGUCUGUUCAGGGCUCAUGAAGCCGCUUCCAAACAAAUUGAGGAUCGAAUCCAAGAAGAGAAGUCUCAGAAGCAGAAUAUUGAUCUGACCAGGCAAGCAAAGUUUGCUUCCACUCCGGCGUUUGCCCUCUUUGUAACUCUGAAGAAUGUGGUGUGUAAGAUCGGUGAAGACGCUGAGGUGCUCAUGUCCCUCUAUGACCCGGUGGAGUCAAAGUUUGUCAGUGAAAACUACCUGGUGAAGUGGUCCAGUUCAGGUCUGGUGAAAGACAUAGACCAGCUACACAACCUGCGCGCUGUCUUCACAGACCUGGGCAGUGAGGACCUUAAAAGAGAGAAGAUCAGCUUUGUUUGUCAGAUUGUCCGAGUUGGCCGCAUGGAGCUGCGAGACAAUAAUACCAAGAAAUUGACAUCGGGGUUGAGAAGACCUUUUGGAGUGGCAGUAAUGGAUGUCACUGACAUCAUAACUGGAAAAAUGGACGACGAGGACAAGCAGCACUUCAUCCCAUUUCAGCCGGUGGCGGGGGAGAACGACUUCCUCCAGACAGUCAUCAACAAAGUCAUCACUGCCAAAGAGGUCAAUCACAAGGGACAAGGGCUGUGGGUGACUCUCAAGCUGCUUCCUGGAGACAUCCAUCAGAUAAGGAAGGACUUCCCUCAUCUUGUAGAUCGAUCGACUGCAGUGGCUCGAAAAAUGGGCUUCCCUGAGAUCAUCAUGCCAGGUGACGUACGAAAUGACAUCUACGUGACGCUGGUUCAGGGAGACUUUGACAAGGGCAGCAAAACUGCGCACAAGAACGUUGAAGUGACCAUGUCUGUCUACGAUGAGGACGGCAAGAAACUGGAGAACGUGAUCUUCCCUGGAGCUGGAGAUGAUGGCAUCAAUGAGUACAAGUCUGUCAUCUAUUACCAAGUAAAGCAGCCACGCUGGUUUGAAACAGUCAAGGUUGCCAUUCCCAUUGAAGAUGUAAACCGCAGCCACUUGCGGUUCACCUUUCGCCAUCGCUCCUCGCAGGACUCAAAAGACAAGUCAGAGAAGAUAUUUGCGCUGUCUUUCGUGAAGCUGAUGCGGUACGAUGGGACCACCCUGAGGGACGGCGAGCACGAUUUUAUUGUGUACAAGGCCGAGGCGAAGAAGAUGGAAGAGUCGUCGUUGUACCUGAACCUGCCGGCCACCAAGCUGGAGCUGGAAGAGAAGGGCUACUCAACAACCGGUAAAAGUACCCACAACCUAGGCAACUGCACCAUCAGCAAGGACUCCUUCCAGAUCUCCACACUGGUCUGCUCCACCAAACUCACCCAGAAUGUGGACCUGCUGGGCCUGCUCAAGUGGCGCUCCAACACCAGCCUUUUGCAGCAGAACCUGCGACAUCUGAUGAAGGUGGAAGGCGGCGAGGUCGUCAAGUUUUUGCAAGACACUCUGGACGCUCUCUUCAACAUCAUGAUGGAGAACUCCGACUGUGAGACCUUCGAUACUUUGGUGUUUGACGCCUUGGUGUUCAUAAUUGGGCUCAUAGCCGACAGAAAGUUCCAGCACUUUAACCCUGUUUUGGAGACCUACAUUCGGAAGCAUUUCAGCGCCACGCUGGCCUACCUGAAACUGACGAAGGUCCUGAAGAACUAUGUUGAUAAUGCUGAAAAGCUGACGGAGCAGCUGCUGAAGGCCAUGAAGGCUCUUGAAUAUAUCUUCAAGUUCAUCGUCCGCUCCAGAGUCCUUUUCAACCAGCUCUAUGAGAACAAAGGAGAGGCUGCCUUCGUGGAGUCCUUGAGGGACCUCUUCACCUCUUUCAAUGAGAUGAUGAACAGUAACUCAGAAAACACUGGCAUGGUGAAGGGUGCUGCCCUGAAAAACGUUCCAACCAUCGUCAACGACAUCAAGCUAGUCUUCGACCCCAAAGAGCUAAGCAAGCUUUUCACAGAGUUCAUCCAGAAGGUUCCUGUGGGUCGUCUGGUCAAGCAGAAGCUGGACUGUCUGAUUGACAUUGUCCACAGUGAUCUCUUCACGCAUCAUGAUUGCCGUGAGAUCCUCCUACCACUGAUGACGGAGCAGCUGAAGUUCCACCUGGAGAAGCGAGAGGAGCCCAAGGCCUGCUGCCAGUUGCUAAGUGACAUCCUGGAGGUUCUCUACAGGAAGGACGUGGGACCCACCCAGUGGCAUGUGCAGAUCAUCAUGGAGAAGCUGCUGAGGACCGUGAACAGGACGGUGAUUUCUAUGGGCCGUGAUUCACCUCACAUCGGGAGCUUCGUGGCCAGCAUGACUGCCACGCUGAGGCAGAUGGACGACUAUCAUUACGCUCAUCUGAUCAACACCUUUGGCAAGAUAAGAAGUGAUGUGGUGGAUUUCCUAAUGGAAACGUUUAUCAUGUUUAAAGAUCUCAUUGGGAAAAACGUCUACCCCUCAGACUGGGUCAUAAUGAACAUGAUGCAAAAUAAAGUCUUCUUGCGUGCCAUCAAUCAGUAUGCAGCCGUGCUGAACAAGAAAUUUUUGGACCAAACCAACUUUGAGCUUCAGUUAUGGAACAACUACUUCCACCUGGCCGUGGCCUUCCUCACCCAGGAGUCUCUGCAGCUGGAGAAUUUCUCAAGUGACAAAAGAGCCAAGAUCUUCCAUAAGUACCAGGACAUGAGGAGACAAAUUGGCUUUGAAAUCAGGGAUAUGUGGUACAAUCUUGGGCCCCACAAGAUCAAAUUCAUCCCAGAGAUGGUGGGUCCCAUCCUUGAGAUGACGCUCGUCCCUGAGAUCGAGUUGCGAAAGGCCACCAUCCCCAUCUUCUUCGACAUGAUGCAGUGCGAGUUCCACUUCACCUGCAGCUUUCAGCGGUUUGAGAACGAGAUCAUCACCAAGCUGGAUCAUGAGGUGGAGGGGGGCCGCGGUGACGAGCAGUACAAGGUUCUCUUUCAGAAAAUUUUACUGGAGCACUGCAGGAAACACAAAUACUUGGCCAAGACGGGUGAGAACUUCGUCACCCUGGUGGUCCGUCUGCUGGAGAGGCUGCUGGACUACAGGACUAUCAUGCACGACGAGAACAAGGAAAACCGCAUGAGCUGCACUGUCAAUGUUCUGAACUUUUACAAGGAGAUAGACAGAGAGGAGAUGUACAUCAGGUACCUGUACAAGCUGUGUGACCUCCACAAAGAGUGCGACAACUACACGGAGGCUGCCUACACUCUACUGCUGCAUGCCAGAUUACUAAAGUGGUCAGACGAGGCGUGUGCAGCCCACCUGACCCAGAGAGACGGUUACCAGGCCACCACACAAGGACAGCUCAAGGAUCAGCUCUAUCAACAGAUUAUCAACUACUUCGACAAGGGCAAAAUGUGGGAGGAAGCCAUUAUUUUGGGAAAGGAACUGGCUGAGCAGUACGAGAAUGAGAUGUUUGACUUUGAGCAGCUGAGUGCAUCCUUGAGGAAGCAGGCCCAGUUUUAUGAGAACAUCGUGAAGGUCAUCCGGCCCAAACCAGACUACUUCGCCGUGGGCUAUUACGGCAUGGGCUUCCCCUCCUUCCUACGAAACAAAAUGUUCAUCUACCGUGGAAAGGAGUACGAGCGCAGGGAGGAUUUCGAAGCCCGUCUCCUCACGCAGUUCCCCAACGCAGAGAAGAUGAAGACGACCACUCCGCCGAGCGAGGACACCAAGUCUUCAUCCGGACAGUACAUUCAGUGUUUCACAGUCAAACCCAUCCUAGACCUGCCUGCCAAGUUCCACAACAAGCCUGUGUCUGAACAAAUACUGAGCUUCUACACAGUAAAUGAAGUCCAUAAAUUCCAGUAUUCUCGGCCAGUGAGGAAGGGAGAAAAGGAUCCCGACAAUGAGUUUGCGAAUAUGUGGAUUGAGAGGACCACCUACUCUACAGCAUACAAACUACCUGGCAUCCUGCGCUGGUUUGAAGUCAAGUCAGUCUCCACGGAGGAGAUCAGUCCACUGGAAAAUGCCAUCGAAACGAUGCAGCUGACCAACGAGAAGAUCAGCAGCAUGGUGCAGAGGCAUCUCACUGACCCCAACCUUCCCAUCAACCCCCUCUCCAUGCUACUGAAUGGGAUUGUGGACCCCGCUGUUAUGGGAGGCUUCACCAACUAUGAGAAGGCCUUUUUCAACGACAAGUACAUGCAGGAACACCCGGAGGACCCUGAGAAAAUAGAGAAGCUGAAGGACCUCAUCGCCUGGCAGAUCCCGCACCUCGCCGAAGGUGUUCGCAUUCACGGAGAAAAGGUCACGGAGGCACUGAGGCCCUUCCACGACCGCUUGGAGGCCUGCUUCAAGCAGCUGCGUGAGAAGGUGGAGAAGCAGUACGGCGCAAAGACCCUGCCUGCAGCUGAUGAGCGUCGGGGGCCCCGCCCACUCUCCAUGGUUCGCUCAUUCACCAUGCCCUCCUCUCAGAGGCCGCUGUCUGUGGCCUCCGUCACCUCCAUUUCCUCCGACAACUCUCCAUCCAGACCGCCGUCAGACGGCUUCGCCCAGGAACCUCUGCUGCCAAAGAAGCUGCACACCAAAUCUCAGGACAAGCUGGACAGGGACGAGUCUGAGAGGGAGCGCAAAGAGAAGAAGAAGGAGAAGAGGAACAGCAAGCAUCAGGAGAUCUUUGACAAGGAGAUGAAGGCGACAGAAAUCCAAAUGCAGCCCACCGAGGCUGUCAUCCUCUCUGAGACGAUCAGCCCCCUGAGACCACAGAGACCAAAGAGUCAAGUUCUCAGCCAGAUUGGAGGAGAUCGACGCCUCUCCGUGUCUCCUGGGCCUCCCUCUGCCUCCUCCAACUCCACCUCCUCACCAGGACCUCCACCCAUCACGCCCAGGAGCAAACUCUCUUUCAGCACAUUACAUGCAGUGUCCAAUCUGGAGCUGAAUGGGAUGGGCUGCUCCGACAAGGGCGAGACCCCUCCCCCUCUACCCUUGAAAGGCAACACGGCUGAUUACGGCAACCUGCUAGAUAAUCAAGAGUUGACGAGUCCCACGACGCCUCCGCCGCACCCUCCGCAUCAGAGGCAUUUCCCGCCUCCUUUGCCCAGCAAGACCCCUCCCCCACCUCCUCCCAAAACUACGAGGAAGCAGGCAUCCAUCGAUUCAGGAAUUGUACAGUGAACAAAGCGGCUGAGAGUAGGACCAAACAACACACAGACAACACAACAAAAGUCUACCCUGAGCAGCGUUUGCUUUUACCCACACAUUCCUCGCUCCCCAUCCCAGCUUGACAAGAUGAAUACCUCACCGCCGCCCCAUCCCUUUUGUCAUCUUCCUUCUGUCUUUGGACCCCCAGCUUGAAGACAAAUGCAAUCUGCAGCAGGGAGUGUGUUACACAGAUGAGUAGUCACUGAACAUGUAGCCACCACUACACUUGACAUGAGAUUGUGCUCGGUUAGAUGAACUCCGACCAGCAGUUUUAUACCAACGACCUGCGUCUCAUUUAAGGCCCAUUUUCUAUUUACUUCUUAUUCAUACUCCCACUUUGUACAGAGGUUUGUAUAUACGAUUUUAUUCUUUUUGUUUUCCAUGAAUGACUUGAUAAUGAUUCCGUUUUUUUAUUAACGUUCUAUUAGAGACAGAGCACAGCCUGUAGGUUUUGGGGUUUGUGACCAAACGGACAUGGAUUUGAUCGCAUUAAGUUUGUGGAGUUGACGUCUAACACACAUCACAGUACCGUUGUUUAGACCUGAAUUGCUGUAACCUUCCAUUAUUACAACUCCCUUCCAGUCCACUACUGACACACUUCUGAAUAAACUAUAUGAAAUAUA